GAUCCAAACUUGGCGAGCCCCUUUCUCAUGUGCAGACUCAGCUGUUUCUGCACACACAACACCCCCUUGGCAUGGCUUCCACCGCUGGACUUGCCACUCCGAUCUUUCGGGAAGGAGAGGAUUGCAAGGCUUCAUGGAAAGCUGCCGGUGCUGGCUAUGAUUCAACGGACACCCACUUGGAGAUCCUGGGGAAGCCGGUCAUGGAGCGCUGGGAGACCCCUUACAUGCACUCCCUGGCCACCGUGGCUGCUUCAAAAGGUGGCCGGGUCUUGGAGGUGGGCUUUGGCAUGGCUAUUGCUGCCACCAAAAUUGAGUCGUUCGACAUCGAGGAGCACUGGAUCAUUGAGUGCAAUGAAGGGGUGUUUCAGCGGCUCCAGGAAUGGGCCAAAACGCAGCCUCACAAGGUCGUCCCUCUGAAAGGAUUGUGGGAAGACGUUGUCCCGACGUUGCCCUCUGAACAUUUUGACGGAAUCCUUUACGACACGUACCCCCUCUCGGCAGAGACCUGGCAUACUCACCAGUUUGGCUUCAUCAAGGGCCAUGCCCAUCGGCUCCUGAAACCCGGCGGGGUCCUCACCUAUUGCAACCUGACUUCCUGGGGCGAGCUCCUCAAGACCCAAUACUCCGACAUUGAGAAGAUGUUUCAGGAGACCCAAGUGCCGCACUUGGUGGAGGCCGGAUUCCGGAAGGAGAACCUUAGCACCAGCGUCUUGGACCUCGUCCCUCCGUCCGACUGCAGGUACUAUGCCUUCCCCAAGAUGAUCACCCCCAGAAUCACCAAGUAAGACGGAGGGAAGAGAAGCAGCGACGUCACAAGAAGCACCCAUCGUGGUUGAUUUGCUGGACCAGAAUCCCUUUGCAACAUGUGAGCCACUCUUUCAACAAGAAAAUCUAUAUUUCCACACCUUU